GUUCAAAUAGCCUCUCUCAGACGCAUCCUCACACCUUUCAAAGUACCGGAGACGGAUGAAACAAGGCUCUGCAGGAAUGGGCGGCAAACUAAUCUUUCUGGUGACUUUCCUGAUUGGUUAUCUGACAACUGGAAUCAGAGGAGAUGGGCCUUUCCAAAUAACAGCCACCAACGUGAGCAUCACUCGUGACGGUUGCGGUUCCACCAAACUGUGUUUGGGAGAAGUUGGCUGUGACCCUGCCGGCAAUGUUCUGUGCUCCUUUAUCUCUUCUGAGGUCGUAAAUCCUAGUACUUCAGACGUGAAAUUUGAGCUCUUUGGGAACUCCACUGGAUACAUUGCUCUGGUGCUCACCACUAAUGUAGACCAGGGGGGCGGUUUGGUGUUUGUUUGUUCCAGGGAUCCAUUCAAUACAACCAGGAACUUCUUAUUCCGCACAGCUACACAGAUUGGCAAAAAUGGUAACAUCACCCUAACCAACUCGCCAAUAGUGGAGGACAUCACAUACAACUUCAACAGAAGCAUCAACGGAAGUUUCCACCAGUGUACAUUCACUGCCCGGGGACUGAGCCAGGCCAUCAAUAAUCGCACCUCUGAAAUCAAUGUCCAAGUUUCCCUUAUCAGGGGUGAUGUCAGCGCUGGUCCGUCAUUUGUUGCCCCUAGUGCUACAGACCUGCUCUUCAUAACCAAUGGUUUGGUGGACUUGACGAAUUUCAAUACAGGAAAUUCUCCUGCUUUUGACCCAGCUGCUAAUUUGGAAACUCCUACAGCCACUAUGGUGAGCAUCACUCGUGACGGUUGCGGUUCCACCAAACUGUGUUUGGGAGAAGUUGGCUGUGACCCUGCCGGCAAUGUUCUGUGCUCCUUUAUCUCUUCUGAGGUCGUAAAUCCUAGUACUUCAGACGUGAAAUUUGAGCUCUUUGGGAACUCCACUGGAUACAUUGCUCUGGUGCUCACCACUAAUGUAGACCAGGGGGGCGGUUUGGUGUUUGUUUGUUCCAGGGAUCCAUUCAAUACAACCAGGAACUUCUUAUUCCGCACAGCUACACAGAUUGGCAAAAAUGGUAACAUCACCCUAACCAACUCGCCAAUAGUGGAGGACAUCACAUACAACUUCAACAGAAGCAUCAACGGAAGUUUCCACCAGUGUACAUUCACUGCCCGGGGACUGAGCCAGGCCAUCAAUAAUCGCGCCUCUGAAAUCAAUGUCCAAGUUUCCCUUAUCAGGGGUGAUGUCAGCGCUAAUGGGUUUGAUGCCCCCGGUGAUACACUCUUCAGAACCCCUGACAUCGUGGACCUGGCUAAUCCUCGCAACGCAACCAUAAAUGCUACUACUACUACUGCUACUCUUACUACUACCAUCCCUGCUACUACAGCAGGCUGUUCUUCCCUCAUGCAUCCACUGACUCAAGCAAUGGCCAUCCUUGUGAGUGUCCUAGCUCUUCGCUUGUUUUGAAGGGGAACCUGAUGAAGGAUUCAAGAAACAUCAGUUUCACUGACAUUGCCACUCUACUCGGAUCAGAUUUCCCAUUUGUCCGGGGGAAGCCAUAGUAGCAUUAGCAUGCCAUAGCACAUUCGGGUCUAGUACUCACUGUGGUCAUUUCCAGAGCCCACUCCUCAUCUCCUCUAAGAUCUUCACUAUCCAGUCAAUAAAGGCUAAAAAGCCCAGUUAAAAACUU